UUAACCACAACAUGACAUAUGCACGCACAGUCCACUUCAAGGUUUAAACUCAGUGAUUUGUUCUUUUCCCUGGUUCUUUUUUCUUCAUCCUCUGCUAAACUGUACCUGUUACAUGGCCAGACCAGUUCUGGCCGCUAUAUGUCCACUCAUGCACCAGCUGGUUAAACAUUCACUGGUUUAACUGAUGUCCACAAGGGUCUUUCUCUCCCCCUUUCUCACGCGCACAUGCACUUGCACAGAGACACAGAUCGUGGCAUCUCAGAAAAUUGACCAGAACGUGUGUCAUAUUCUGACUGUCAUGGAACUGCUGCGUCUGUGUGCUGCAUUUCUGCUUUUUCUCAGGACUUGGGUAUCUGGUAUCAUCAUUACUAAAGAUGCACAUGUAACAUGUCUGUUCUAUGAAGACUGCGUGCUGCCCUGCAGUUUCAAGCCCACGGGAGCCGUGGUCAUCCACUGGUACAAGCAGCAGAUUCCCGUCCACAGCUACUACUACAAUAAAGACCAGUACGGCCUCCAGAACAAGCAUUUCAGCGGCAGGACCAACUUGUUUAAUUCCCAGAUCGCACAGGGAAAUGCCUCUCUGGUGCUGAGGAAAGUGAAAGUCCAGGACCAAGGGAGAUACAAGUGCUACACCAGCACCAGGAAGGGAAACCAGGAAACCUUCGUUAACCUGGGGGUCAAAGCUCUGAUCCAGUUUGUGAAGAUUGAGAUGGUUGAGGAACGGGUGAUCUGUCUGUCCCAGAACAUCUAUCCGGCUCCUGAGGUCACGUGGGCCACUGAUCCCCCUACUGACUCCAGAAGCCUCCAGAACUUCACUCGUAAAACCUCGGACUCCAAGGGCCUGUUCACCAUCGAGAGCAGUGUCAGCAUGAUAGGAAACACCUCAGAUCAUACUUACUUCUGCUCUGUUGUGUCCGCGGAUGAAAUGCAGGUGUGGACCGCAUCGCUACAUCACCAAGAUGAGUUAUUCGGUGAGGAGGGCUCUGGACUCUUGGUUCCCUGCAUGGUGCCACAGCCUUGCCACAAUUUUACCCUCACCUGGACCUUCAUCAGAACGACAGAAUCCAUCGUUAUCUUCACUUACGAUAGCCGGACCCAUCGGAUCGCGAACCUGUGGGAAAGUAAAGCUGAACUUGACAUAGAUCAGGCUCAUUUAGGCAACGGUUCCCUUCAUCUGCUGAAUCCAGACAGCUUGGGACACAGUGGUGCCUACAUUUGCACAUUCUACGGCUUCCAGAUGAGACAUCAAGUCCAAACUCAUGUCAAUAUUACAGUUCGUGUGACUGAUGAUGAUGAGUAUGACUGCAGAAGGUCAUGGUGGGGAACUGCUGCAUCUGUCUUCAUAUUUCUGAUCACUGUCUCUGUAGCCCUGUCGCGAUGUUUUAGAUUGAGAGGUGUACACGGCCAUUCAGACAUCAACGAACGAAUCAGAUGUAGCAACAAAUCCGCAGAAAUCCCAGUAUUUGAGAGACAAGGACAAGAUGAACCCAGACGCAACGGUUUAGAAUCAGUAGAGACAGACAUUCACAGAGCGCCGUCCAACACAACAGUUUAUGAAUCAUCCAAACCACAUCCUGACGGCUUUAAGAACGACGUCCUGCCACACACACCGACAGAGAACAGCAUGAUAAAGACAUGCAUGAUUAUUACUGAUUCCUCUACACCUUACACACCAGAGGAAAGACAUGAAUCCAGGCCACAAACACCAACCGGUGCUAUCAUAACUCUGUUCACAUCUGAGAUUAAUACAGAGGCAUCUGAUGAUAAAGAUAAUGAGAGAAAUGAACUUGAAUCGGCGUCACACUCAGCAGAUGGAGCAGAGAUGGAAAUUACAGUGAUUAAGAGAUUCCAUAACAAAUAUGAAUCUUCCACACCUGAGCUCUCACAGAUUAAUGGCUUCAGGUGAUUGAGAUUCAUUUGAUAAAUUAAAAUGGUGCUGACUAGUUAAUAACUAGAUUUAAGAGCUCAUUCUUGAAGUAAAUGAUAUAUGUUAGAUUAAAUAAUAAUGUUAAACUAAUUUGAGAAAUAUGCAACUAUACACUUCACCUCUCAAGACUUCAAGCUCAGCUAAUAAAAUCAUUUGAAUG